UGUAUUUUUCACACUAUUAAAUAACUAAAUUAUGUGCUGUAUAGGUUAACUCAAUAAUCUUCUAUGCAUAAAAAUGUUCUUUUAAUCAACUUUUCAAAAUGUAUCGGAUUAAUUUUUUAUAUACUAUUAAUUUUUGACUCCUUAACUGUGAAAUCUUAUGUUAAGUGGGACUUCUGUAAAAUAACUAAUCAUGAAAUGAGUAAUAUCAUUUUCAACAACAUCAAAAAUAGUUUAAAUAAGCUAGAAAUCAGUAAUUUUGUUAAUGUGUUUCAAUUUAAAUCAAAAAAUUUCAUUUUGCCGGUUUACGCUUUCAGAGAAAGUAAAUUGAGACCCUUGUUCCGUCCCAUAUUUACAUCUGGAACUCAUUACACCAACAACUAUAAUAAAUUCCUUAAACUAUCAAAUGUAGAUGUCAACAUGACCGACACGACAGUUUCGUUAGAUUUGGAUGUUUAUCGCAACUACACAGAUAAAUCUGGAAGAGCCAAGUUUAAAAUCACGGAAUCAGAGAAUAGACUUUUCAACUUACUUAACGAAUGCGUAGACUUUUACGAUUUGCAAAUGGAUCUUAGAGUCGUUGGAGGCUGGGUUAGAGAUAAACUCCUUGAUAAGAAUAACAAGGACAUUGAUAUUGCAAUACCAAAAAUGACAGGAAUUAAGUUUUGUGAAUAUUUGAAUAAUUUUACAAAGGAUAAAUACGGCUUUUCUAGGACUGUUGGAGUGGUAAAAAGGUGUCCUGAACAGUCUAAACACCUUGAAACCGCAACAAUGAACCUGUUGGGGUUUGAUGUAGACUUUGUUAAUCUUAGAACUGAAGAUUAUUCCUCAAAUACUAGGAUUCCUGAUAUGAAAAUUGGAACUCCACUAGAAGAUGCUAUGAGGCGUGACUUUACAGUUAAUUCUCUGUUUUACAACAUUUCUAAGAAUUUUAUUGAGGACUUUACGGGAACUGGUCUUGAAGACUUGAAAAAUGGCAUAAUUAGAACAUGUUCAUCACCCUUUGAAACAUUCAUGGACGACCCUCUUAGACUAAUUAGGGCAGUUAGAUUUAGCUCACGUUUUAACUUUGAACUAGACGAAAAACUUACAGAUUCCAUAAAUGAACAGGUUUUAAAGGCACUAUCUCAAAAGGUUACUAGACCAAGAAUAUCUCAGGAAAUCGAAAAUAUUUUACUGAAAAGUGAUGUUUCAGAGGCAUUUAACUUAAUGUAUAAAUUCAAAAUCUUACACGUCCUUCUUAAUGUGCCUCCAUACGACUAUGAUGAAGAGGAAAAGAAGCGUAUGAAGAGGCAAAUUACUGACGACAUGCUCACCAAAUCAUGUUCACUAAUGGAAAGGUUAAAGAAGUCAAAGUUUCCAGAAAUUGAUUACAAAUGCUUAUACUUGUCAGCACUUGUGACACCAACCCGAGAGCUUCCUCCUAUUGGGAAAAUGUCAGUUGCUGAAUAUUUGGUCAAGGAACUUUUAAAACUUUCAAAUCAAUAUUCCUCCAGAUCUCACACUAUUUCUCAAGGCUCUGUUACCUUUGCAAAGUUCCUGGAUGAUUCUAAAGUGGAUCGAGUUUCUCUAGGCUCAGUAAUUAGGUCAAUAGGUCCCCUAUGGAAGGAAUCAUUGUUAUUAUGCUUAGCUGAAUUGGAUAAAGUAGACUAUAAAGUGUAUAAUGAACUGGUUCCACUUGCUAAUGACCUUAGGAUAACUGAAGCUUAUAACUUUAAAGCUCCAAUCACAGGCCAAGAGUUGAUGGACCUUUUACCUAAAAUAACUUCUGGGCCAGAAUUCAAGAAAGCUUUGGAAUUUCAAGUUACCGAGCGACUUAAAAAUGAGAAUAUAAACAAGGACGAAUUGAAGGAUAAGCUGAAAUCUCACUUUAGCAAUUUCCUCUAAUCAUUUUAAAAUAUA